AUGGUUAGGUGCUCAGGUUUUACUGUAGAUAAACUAAAUAAUCAUUUUAAGCAAAGUAUAAGGUCUAAGGCUGAGGAAAUGACAGAUAAACCAGGAUAUACUAAGAACAUAGUGUCAUUAAAGAAGUCUAAUAUAAAAUCUGAAAGUAUUCCAAAAGGUAAACAAUGUAAAAUGGCCAAGCGAGAAUCUCUUAAUGCGUUGAAAAAGAUGAGGAAGGUCACAAAGGAUGCAUACUCAAAUGAACAAAAAUUUAAAAAAACUAGUACUAAAGCUGUAAAAAAGAAUAUUCAGAAAGUUGAUAUUUUAAAAAGUAGGAGAUCUAUAAUUAAUAGUAAAGCUAUUGUCAAUAACUCUAGAAAUAAUAAAGUAAGCAAAGGAAGAGUCUCAAAAAAGCAGAUACCAAUGAAUCAACCAAAGAAAGAAGAUACACCGAAGAAUACUUCCAUAGUAAAAGAUUUUGAGAAUAUAUCUGCAGAUAAGGAACAAACUAUGAACAUAUUGAAUAAGGCAAGAAAGGAAUAUCUAUCACAGGCUAGUUGUCAAGAGUCUAAUAUGAAUAAAACUGAUAUGAAGAACUCUCACAUAAUUAGAAAUGAGAUAAAAGGAACUCCUACCCGUCAAAUAUCAAAUGAAGAAUCUAGAGGAUCUGAAUUAUCUUAUAUGAGUGAUACUACAUUGAAUAUAAUUAAAACUCCAGUUGUUUAUGUAUCUUCCGCUCUACGUAGGGUUGCAGGGAUAUUUAAGAAUUAA